AUGCUUGUUAUCUUCUCCAUUAUCGUGGCAGUUAUCAUCGUCAGCAUCUGUGGUUCGGAAGUCGGCGAGAACUUGUUCCCCGUCGGACUCUUGUCCCGACCAGUCACUUGCGUCAGCACGAAGCAAAGGGGCCGCCAGGAUAUCUGGAAUGAGGCCAGGACCAAGUAUAGCCAUUUAGCUGACGAUAAAUUCACUGUUGCUAUGCUGACUUACCGACGUCCAAAGGAACUGAACCACAUUUUAACGGUUCUUCUCGAAGAAAGAAUCCCUUCGCUUUAUGAAAUUAUUGUCGUCUGGGGAGAUCUCGAAGCAGAACUUCCUAUGACCUUUGAAUCAAAACAUGGGGUUCCUGUGCGAUUUCGGAUGGCUCUGAAAGACAGUCUCAACGAGAAGUUCCGACCCGAUCCUAAUUUCAAGACCCAAGCUAUCCUCUUGACUGAUGACGAUGUCUACUAG